GAGCCAAUUGCCGCUCACCGCUGCAAGCUCUCCACCAAUCAGGACAAUCAUGUCCUGGUAGCAAGUUUAGCUAACCCUGUGCACACGUGAGAGCGCAAGAAGGAAGAGUGGUCUGGAUCCAAACUAAAGAUAUCAGGAGUUAUCGUCAACCUGAGAACACAUCAGACAUGAAAAAGGAGCAGACAGACGCAGAGGAGCCGCUGGAGAUGACUCCCUCAGAUUCCGCUCAUGAGGCGGAGGACACUGAGGCUCCUGUCAAAGCUAAAAGGAGCAAACCUGAUGACAAGGUGGUCUACCACCCGGUGAAGCUGUCUCGAAGUGACCUGUACAGACCUCCCACUGCACAGGAGCUCAACCAGCUGAAGGAGGCGGAGAGCCUGUUUCACUGCAGCCUGCUGAAGAUGCAGAUGGAGGAGCUGCUGAAGGAGGUCACACUGAGUGAGCACAGGAAACGGCAAAUAGAUUCCUUCGUCCAGACAGUCACCGGGCUGCUACAGGCUGUGCCAGAUUCACCAGAGGUUGAGGUUAGUGACCUGUCUUGGCUGUCAGGUGCAGUUAAGAUCCCUUUCCUCCUGAUGCCCAAAACGACAAAAGGCAGGUUCCACAUGACAACUCCUGCCUCUGUUGAUCUGAUCGGCAGCUACCCCCUGGGCACCUGCACCAAACCACGCAUCAUGGUGGACCUGGCUGUCACAAUCCCAGGAAAUGUCCUCCACCCAAAGGACGUCUUGAACCAGAGGUAUCCGAGAAAAAGAGCCCUGUACCUCGCGGGCCUGGCCCAGUAUCUCGUAUCCUCAUCCGAGAUCGGAACCAUGCGUUAUUCAUGUCUCCACGGGAACCGACUCCGACCCGUCCUGCUGCUGACCCCUCCUGACUCUUCCAGCUUCAUGGUGCGCGUGCAUGCGUGUCCACCUCCUGGGUUCUUUAAGCCCAGUCGUUUUCAUCCCCAGAGGAAUAAUAUCCGGACAGAGUGGUACACUGGACUGCAGACGGCCCCGUCUGAGAGCAGUGAACCACCCACUCCACAUUACAACAGCUCUGUUCUGGGGGAUUUACUGCCCAGGGCUCACCUCCAGUUUCUUUCUGCUGUCAGCUCCCAGUGCUCAGCUUUUUCAGAAGGGGUGGCUUUGCUCAAAGUCUGGCUUCGUCAGAGAGAGCUCGACCAGGGCACUGGUUGUUUUAAUGGCUUCCUGGCUUCAAUGCUGCUGGCCUAUUUGCUAACCACUCGCAAAGUCAGUAACACCAUGACGGCCUAUCAGCUGCUUCGAAACAGCUUGAACUUUCUGGCCUCUACAGACCUGACAGUGAAUGGGAUCAGCCUUGCCAAAAAUCCCGACUCUACAGCUCCAUCUCUCGCCGAGUUCCACAGUGCUUUCCAGGUGGUGUUUGUCGACCCCUCUGGACAUCUCAACAUGUGUGCUGAUGUGACUGCUUGUACCUACAAACAGCUGCAGCACGAGGCGUCUGUGUCGAUGCAGUUCUGGGACAACCCCACGGUGGAUGGGUUCCACAGCCUCCUCAUGACGCCCAAACCCAUGAUAAGGACAAGCGACCACGUAUUCCAGUUAUGUGAGCUGGCCAAGCUUCAGUCCAGCUGUAAGAAACUGAAUCUCCUCAAUGAGCUGAUGGACCACAGUGGGAAUUAUGUCCAUGCUGCUCUCCCGUUCCUACUGUCACUGCUUCAGCAAGGACUGGGCCAAAGGAUUCACCUCAUCACCCACUCCCUCUCUCCUGACCCUGAGUGGUCUGUGGAGAGUGAAGCCCCAAAACACAAAGCUCAACCUCCUCUCUCCUUCGGUCUGCUCUUGAGGCCGGAGCUGGCCGCCUCUGUGCUUGAAAGAGGUCCACCUGCAGACAGCCCCAGGGCGGCCGAGUUUCGCCAGCUGUGGGGUCCUCGCUCCGAGCUGCGUCGCUUCCAGGACGGCGGCAUCACCGAGGCCGUGCUGUGGGAAGGAGAGAGCAUGUGCCAAAAACGACUGGUCCCCAAACAGAUCAUCUCACACCUGCUACAGCUACACGCAGAGAUCCCCGAGUCCUGUGUGCGGUAUGUGGGGGCGAUGGUGGAUGACGUCAUCAAAACGGGAAGUGAGGUGCCCAGUACAGGAGAGGAGGACAGUCUGAAGGUGGUUCAGUCUUAUGAUGACCUGAGUAGAAAACUGUGGAGGCUAGAGGGUCUGCCUCUCGCCAUCACAGCAGUGCAAGGAGCUCACCCCGCGCUCAGAUACACACAGGUCUUUCCCCCUCAGCCACUGAAGCUGGACUAUUCCUUCUUUGAGAGAGAAAAGACUGCCAGAUCAUUGGUGCCAAAGGAAGACAAACCGUGCCCCGCUUAUAUCACCCCUAUCACAGUGAUUUGUCACAUGGAGGGGAGUGGAAAGUGGCCUCACGACCGCCUCGCCAUCCGUCAUAUCCGCGCCGCUUUUCACAACAGCCUGGGAGAGUUGCUCAAGAACCACCAUAAUUAUACGUGCAGGCCCUGCCCCACACACCUGGAUGUCUGGAAGGACGGCUUGGCGUUCCGGGUACAGGUGGCCUAUCAUCGGGAGCCUCAGGUGCUGAGGGAGAGUGUGAAUGCAGAGGGCCUGCUGGUUGUGAGGGACAAUGAGGAGGCUCAGGCUCUGGAGAUGGCCACAAUUCACAAACCUCUGCUCACGAGCACAUUACAUGGGCUGCAGCAGGAGCACCCAAGUUUUGGGGCCGUGUGUCGCCUGGUCAAGCGCUGGCUGGGGGCUCAGCUCUUCAGUGAGGACAUUACAGAGGACGCGGCCGACCUGCUGGUGGCGUCACUUUUCCUGCAGCCCGCACCUUUCACUCCUCCUGGUUCUCCUCAGGUGGGCUUCCUUCGCUUCCUUCAUCUGCUCUCCUCCUUUGACUGGAGGAACAACCCACUGGUGGUCAACCUCAACAACCAACUCGCAGCCACUGACUACACAGAAAUCAAGAAUGAGUUCAUGGCCUCCAGGGAGUCUCUGCCUGUCAUGUUUCUAGCUACGCCUAAGGACAAAAUAACAUCAAUGUGGACCAAGCGAGGACCUAGUGUACAGAUGCUGCAGCGUGUGGUGAUGGUGGCUGCAGAGAGUCUGAAAGUACUGGAACAUCAGCUGAUGGACGGCAGCCAGAUUCAAGAUGUCAGGGUGGUCAUGCGUCCUCCUCUGGACGCCUACGACGUCUUGAUCCACCUGAACCCGAAGCAGGUUCCCCUCCUCGGCCAAGCAGUAGACCCCCCCGCUGUCAACUUCAGCAGGGGCGGGAUGACUGGCGGUGCGAUCCAGUCCGGGGGGGCCCUGCCCGUCAUCGACUACAACCCGGUGUCGCUCUACCUGGCCGAGCUCAGAGAGGCGUUCGGAGACCUCGCUCUCUUCUUCUGUGAUCCCCAUGGUGGAACAGUGAUUGCAGUUUUAUGGAAACCGAAGGCGUUCAUCUCGAUGCCUUUUAAGACGUCGCAGGUGUCUGCUCGGAGCGUGGAAGUGACGGGGGAGGAAGUAAAGACUGUUCCUAACGUGGAAGCGAUUCUGGAGGACUUCCUGAUCAUGGGGAAGGGAUUGAUCAAAUCAGUGGACGCAAGGACUGAAAAAUGGUCAUUUUAGAAAAUUCUAAUAUUCAAACACACGCACCUCUUUCUCCGUAAUCUUUUUACCAUCUGACAUGUUCACCACACAGUAUAUUUGAUCCAUUUGUUUUGUUUCUCUCUGCCUAUUUGAAAAGGAACAAUGUAAACAACAAUGAAUUGUGGACCUCUUUUCAACAUUAUGUAUUGUUUGUUUUGGUGUAGCUGCAUCACACCCAAUAAAUACAUAACUACUCUAUUA